AAACUCUCAACAUGGCAGUUGGUGAUCAAAAUUUAUGGUUAGAAAAAAUUAUACUCGAAAAACUGCAGUAUUGAACCUGACUGUGGAUGCUUAGUUUUUGAAUCGUGUUAAAAUGGAUCCAGUUAUAAUAGCGCAUGGCGGAAUAGAAUUCCAGCAUUCUGGAUCAUCGACUAGCCGUAAACAAGUUGCGCUGAACAACGCGGUUCUUCAAGGAUAUGCCGCAAUUUGUGAUGGAAAAUCGUCAGUCGAGGCAGUUGAAAUGACGAUAAGUAUCCUGGAAGAUGAUCAACACUUCAAUGCUGGCUACGGAUCAGUUUUCAAUGUUGAUGGUGAGGUUGAACUUGACGCGGGAAUGAUGAACGGCACAACCCUGAAGGUUGGUUCCGUCGGUGCCAUAAAAGACAUUGCUCAUCCGAUAACCCUUGCGAAGCAAGUGAUGGAGUUGACCGAGCAUUCGUUACUGAUUGGCAAGGGGGCGCAAAAAUUUGCAGCGGGAUUAAAAGUCGAGAAGCUUCUUCGCGGCAGGCUCACGAAUUUCCACCUGCAAUCAAGAGAUCGGCAGGAUACCGGAAUUCCAGAAUCAUGUACCGUUGGUGUGGUCGCUAUUGAUGCCGAGGGACGAUGCGCUGUCGGAUCCUCUUCCGGUGGCGGAAGUGGCAAGAUGGCGGGGAGAGUCGGUUCCUCGGCGAUAGUCGGUGCCGGUUUUUACGCCGAUUCGUCGAUUGGCGGUUGCGUCGCUACUGGACACGGAGAAUCCAUAAUGCAGUCCUGCCUCUGUUUCAAUCUUGUCGGUCAAAUGUCGCUCCAAGCAAAACGCGGGCAGUUAGCCAUGCUAGCGGUCAAGAACGUGGUCGAAACCGCCACGAGGAGGUUCAAAAAAUCAGUCGGAAUCGUUGCCUUGGAUUCUGACGGAGAAUUUGGUGUCGCUUUUUCUGCACCCAGAAUGCCUUGGGCCUACUGUCGCCGAGGGGAAUUGCGAUUUGGUGCAGAAUCGGGCGAAAAUUACGUCAAAGAUGUGUUAGAGGGGUUUAACAUAUCCGCAGACGUCAUCUGACUGACGAAAAUAUAAUAGCUACUCAUGAUUCGUAGUCAUCUUCAAGUAUCUGUCUGUCGAAUUUUGUACUACAUAUCAACUCGAUGUGACAAAAGAGAAGCAUAACUACUUGCACUAGGUUUUAUUUGGUGGAUGUCGAUGCAAAAUUUACUCAUUAAAGAUCAGCUGAUAAUCCGAUGCGACGCCAUAUUGCUUAACUGUAAGAAAACAAAAAAACCGGCAAGUCGUAAAAACGAACAAAAUAAAUUUCAAGCUCAUUUUUUAUAUUUUAGAAUAUCUAAACGUGAUUGAUUAUAAGAUGUGUGGAAAACAUCGAUCAGUAAGAAACGCAGUUUCAAUGUUACAUUUUUUAAUAGUUCAAUUCUGAUUUGACGUUAAUCGAAUGAAAAGAUUUUAGAAAAUUUUUCACUGAAUACAAAUCUUUUUACCUACUGUCAUCCAAGCCAAUUGAA